UGUUGAUUUUUGAUUUCGCUGCAUCGCGGCGCAGUUGGUUCCAGCGGCUUUUACGGUGAUUUCUCGACUUUCGUAUCGCGAUGGAUCCGGUUAACAAAUCCUGUCGCGUAUGUCAUCGAACCGGGACAGUUCCCCGGUCGCUGAAGAUGAUUUACAACGUCGAAUCCGGCGUUACUCUGGCUGACAUGAUUGAGGCCCUGGCUGGCGUUAAGAUCCAUGUAAAUGACGGUCGAUCGAAGGCGAUAUGUAACAACUGCAUGCAGAAAGUUCUCACGGGCUAUGCCAUCAGGGGCAUGAUUCUGGAGGCGGAACCUGUUUCUGCACUCGACCAAAUUCUGGUUGAAGAUCCAGAUUUCGAUUCCUCUGAUGACCAUCAGAUAAUAAUGGAUGUUAAACUAGAGCAAACCGUGUUACAAGAAUCGUCUGCGAAAGAGGACGAAUACGAGUAUGAGUUUCUGGAGACUGAGAUAGACAAUUCCGAAGGGCACGGAUUAGUGAAUUGCGAUAGUCAACCAGACGGAAGCGCUUCAGAAGAAGAGUCGAGUCAUGUGGAUUCCCGGAAAAGAUUAUCAGCUGGCUCGCUUGAAACUGAAAUCAGUUUCAAAAACCCGCUUUUGGAAAGGUUCCCUCAAAAACAGCGAUUUGUGAUGCCUCAACCGGGAGUGAUUCUCAGGAAAAUCGACAAUCUUGACCAUUUUGUGGUGGAGGUCAAGGGAGAUCGUUGCUGCGGCUGUAGCUUCGUAGGGAUCAACAGACGAGAGCUGCUUCAACAUUCUGAUGCACAGCACUCAUUCGAAUUCGAAGAAAAUGGCAACUACUGUCCGAUUUGCUUUUUUGAGUUCGACAGUGAGGAUUUCUUGAACCGACACAUCGAUGGGUGCAAAUCGAAAAGUAUUUACGUAUGCAAGGGAUGUGAAUUUUAUUUCAAUAGCGUCAGACAAAUCGAACGCCAUCUCGCCAAGUGUACAACAGAACGAGUCAUAAGUACAACCAGAAAUGAAAAUAUACACAUCGCAACAUCGGAAGCCAACGACAGCAAACUUGUGGGAAAUCUGGAUCAAAGGGGCCAUGACGAAGACGACUUUGAACAGUUGGAGGAGUUUGAUUUAAUAGAUUUCAGCUCAUCGGAAGAAAAAUCGAAUACACAAACUUCGUCCCAUGGAACUUUUUCGCCAGCACCAAACGGUUAUCGUUUGAGCGAGUUUGAAAAAUCUUUGAUAGAAGAUCGUGUCAGUUUUCAAACUUUCGAAUUCGUAAAACUAGGCGCGUUUCGCUGCUGCAGCGAGGCUUGCGAAUUUAGCUGCGACAAAAAGGAUCAAUUAUUUCAACAUUCUAAGGCAGUCCACUUGAAGGAAAAUUGCGCUUCGGGAAGGUGGCUUUGUCCCAUCUGUGGUUCCGGUUUUGCGAACAAUGCUCAACUAGCACAGCACAUCAACAUUGUCACGAAUAAAAUUUUGCUAAUAUGUUGCGUUUGUGAUGAAGCUUUCGUCGGAAAAAAUAAUUUGAAAGCCCAUCAGAUACACAGUGAAAAUCAUAAGAACACUGUGCUGGAUUUGUUCGGAGAUGAAUCUCUGUUGGUUGAGUUAAACGAUGAAAAAGUUGAUUCCGUGCUGACUCAAGAGAUGACAUCGUUCAAUCGAGAUCGUGCUCGCCCGAACAACAAAUCCAUAACAAGACACCGUCAUUUGGAAAUGCCUGAACCUCAGUUUAUAACUUCCGUUCAGGAUAUGACCGACUAUCAGAAGCUUUCGGUUCGCGGAGAACGGUGUUGUGGUUGCGGAUUGUUUUUCGAGACCUACAACGAAGUUCUAGAUCAUGGACUCCAAGUUCAUCUGAUGGAGAAUAUGGAAUCCUUGGGGGACUUUCAGUGUGAUAUCUGCUACGCACGAUUCGAAUGGGAUCGAGGCUUAUUGUUGCACCGAUCUUCACGCCGAGCAAUCAGCACCAUCUUCCAUUGUACGAUAUGCAAUCUAAAUUUUUCUAAGGAACACACACUGGACAAACAUCUGAAAACCGCUCACAACCAUAAAUCAAACCUGGAAGUGGAAUCUCAGUUCUUUCCAUAUGAAUCGGACGAACCGAAAGAAACAUCUUCCAAUAAAUUCCAUUGUUGCUUUCCUCGAUGCAGUCACAAUUUCGAAAGCGAAACUGAGCUUUUGAACCACGCAACGGCUGAGCAUUACGGCAAGAGACGGGAAAACGAAAUCGAGCGGACCACUAAUCAAAAUGUUUGUCCCGUGUGUAGUAAAUCUUUUGAAAACACAACCUGCCUGGUGUGGCACCGGUUCACGCGAUUCACCAAACAGUACACGUGCAGAUUCUGUGCGCAAGUUUUUCCUAGGUGGGCGGCUUGCCGCGAGCAUGAAAACGUUGUACACUUAAAGAAGGACUGUGAAUAUCCCUGCCAGUUGUGUACCAAAGUUUUCCUCACACCACAGCGCCUUAAAGCGCAUUCGGUAAUCCAUUCGGUGUUGCGAACCGAAGUCUGCGAAGAUUGUGGCGCGAGCUUUCGAAACAAAGGUAUACUGAAGCGACACCGACGAGCGGUCCAUGCCGUAGAACAGCCAUUCGAUUGCGGAGUUUGCAAUCGUAAGUUCCCUACGCAGGAGCAACUGAAUGCCCAUUCCCGGGUGCACACCGGAGCGAAACCUUUUCCCUGUCGAUACUGCGAGCGGGCGUUUUCGCACUUUACCGACCGAAAGCGGCACGAGAUGGGAAGUCACACCGGCGAACGGCCGUACCAGUGCGCGCACUGUCCCGCUGCCUACAUCCGCAAACGAGAGCUCGCGUUGCACGAGCAAAAACAUGCCCUGCAGGGCGCUGUGGCUGGCAAUGUUUGAUUGUCUUUUUUUUCUACACAAUAUAA